UCUAAAGUGCAUAAACUUUUGGGAUUGACUGUAUUGCCAAUACAUCCUUAAAUUUAUACGCUUUUGCAUUGCAUUAAAAAAACAGAGCAAACUACGAUUCAUGAGUGUUUGUAUCAUCCGAAUCACGUGGUAGACAGAUUCGCCUGUCUUAUCGUUGAUGCUACUUGUCGGUAAAUACGUACUCGGAACCAUAGUUGACACAAUAAAAAGUCCUACCUACCUCUUCCACCAGCAAAUUGGCUUGAUUCCCCUCUGGCGAACCUCUGGAGGAGAACGUCACGCCGUGCGUUACGCUGUCCUCGCCAAAGGUGAAUCGAGCCAAUUCAAUUUGCUUGGAAGGGGUAGAUAGGACCAGGUAGGGCCUUUUGCUGGCAACUAUGCCAGGAACAUCAGAUACUGUCGUAAAUUCAUCAUCAUCCUUUUAUACCCAUAUAAAAGACGAUCAAACACUGCGGAGACUAUUUCAUUCUCUAAUCAUGUCUAUAUCAGAGCUGAAAAGUGAAAUAGCACCGGAACACUUGAAGAGCGAACAACUUCGGAGUCAUGGAAAUUGUAAUAAUUUAUUAACUCUUCAAGAGAUACAAGAUAUAGUAAAUCGCGCGUUAGAGGAUGGAGCAACCGUACAAAAGUUUUCUGUAAAGCCAUGCUCUGACAGCGAGUACGGAGUCCUCGCAUCUCAUCAGAGGCUCACCGUAGAAGUUAAAACCAGAAGUGGUCGAGACGAGGUACUGUCGUUUUUUAUCAAAGCCGUGCCGCAAGAUGCUCCGGAGCUAGCCGAAUACAUAUCCGACAGGUUGGUCUUCUUAAAAGAGAAAAUUUUCUACCACGACAUAAUUCCGCAAUUGUAUCAUGGAUACGAGAAAGAACGGUGGUCGCCGAAUUGUUAUCUAAUCAAGGAGAACUUGUUGGUGUUUGAAGAUUUGAGCCUUAAGGGCUACUCACUGGCGGAAAAAGUAUUGAACAAGGAAUUAAUCGAAUCUGGCUUGGCGUCUAUCGCCAGAGUACACGCAUGUUCUCUGUUAGCGGAAGCGCGCUUAGGAAAAUCGUUGAAAAGAUUAUAUCCGUCCGCGUUUGUGGAAAACUCGUUCAUCGAAACUGGGAAGACCAGGACACGGUACGAGGUUGCAGUGAACGCCAUAGUCACUAUCGCUGAAUAUCUUGGCUUGGAUACUAGUAUGAUACGGCAAGCCUGCGAACAUGUGUACCCAUCGUUGGAGACGUCGUCUACGAAGAGAAACGUGGUCAGCCACGGGGACUUAUGGGCAAAUAAUAUGUUGUUCAGCAACACGGUACCACCGCAUUGCUUGUUGAUAGACUUUCAGAUGGUGAGGUAUUUGCCUCUGGCGCACGACGUAGCACAGUUCCUAUAUCUAUGUGCAGAUCGCGAUUUCAGACUCGUUUGGGAAUCUGCUAUGUUAAAACACUAUUAUAAUGUAUUAUGUGAAACAGUGAAUUCGGCGAAAUCGAUUUCAGUGGAAGUUCCUCCAUGGUCGGAAUUAAUAGAAGGAAUGGAGGAGCAGAGAUUGCCGGCUAUUAUCUCAGCAGCAGUAUUUUUUCAGAACACGUUAAUGGAUGGAAAAACAGGAAGAGAGAUUUUAAGCAAUCCUAGCAAAUAUCACGAUUUCGAGUUUAAGACCAGAAACAAAAUUGUUUUGGAGUUUAUGAAAACUGAUCCGGUAUAUAACAAAUGUAUGUCACAGAUUGUUACCGAGCUGACUGAGUUUAGUUUUCGGCUAGAUCAACUACCAAAACCUACUUAAAAAGAAGUACUGUUAAAUUGAAAGGUGCCUUUUAGAUCAAAUGAAAUAUUCUCUUGUCUACAUAUUAAAUUACCACAUGACAAUUUCGGUUUACGUACAUAAACAUAUACUGUAUUUGUCAAGUAACGUAAUAAAUAUUACAAAAAUGAA